AUAAAUUGACAUAACAGUCUCAAACAGUUCAAUUAUUCCAUUCAUUAGUUAUUAGUGCAAAGGAGGAUCUUUUAUUUUUAUUAGAGCCCGGAAUGGGGUAUUUUUGUAAUUUCAUUGCUGCAAUUCUUCUACUCGCCGUUCCUCAAAUCUCAGCCGUCGGAUUUCCGAUCAACGUCUGGCCGAAGCCCGCCACGUUCCAAUGGCGGUCCCCUCAGGCGAUCCUCCUCUCCCCAAAUUUCUCCAUCUCCGCCCCGCCCCACCGCUACCUUACCCCCGCCGUCGGCCGCUACCUCCGCCUGGUUCUGACGGAGCACCACCGUCCGCUCGUCAAUCCGCCGCUCAAUGUCACGUCGGCGUCGCCGCUUUCUGCUCUUACUAUUGACGUCUCCGACACCGGCGCUCCGUUAACUCACGGCGCCGACGAGUCUUACUCGCUUUCCGUCCCGUGCGACGGCGGCGCCGCCACUAUCCGCGCGGAGACCGCCUGGGGCGCGAUGCGAGGGCUGGAGACGUUCUCGCAGCUGGUGUACUCGCCGUCGCCGCCGUCGUCGAAGGUCGCCUGUGGGAUGCACAUUUCCGACGCGCCGCUGUUCGUCCACCGGGGGAUCAUGCUCGACACUUCGAGAAACUUCUACGGCGUCGAGCAUUUGCUGCGGCUGAUCGGCGCGAUGAGCAUGAACAAACUCAACGUCUUCCACUGGCACAUCACCGAUUCGCACUCGUUCCCCCUCGCCGUGCCGUCGGAGCCUGAUUUGCCGUCGAAGGGUGCAUACGGCGAUGAGAUGACAUACACGGCGGCGGAUGUGAAAAAAAUCGUCGACUAUGGAAUGGAGCACGGCGUUAGGGUUUUACCAGAAAUCGACAUGCCUGCGCACACCGGAUCAUGGGCUGGAGCUUACCCAGAUAUCGUCACUUGCGCGAACAUGUUCUGGUGGCCGGCGGGAGAAUCUGCGCCGUAUGCGGCGGAGCCAGGAACAGGACAAUUGAAUCCGAUGAAUCCUAAAACCUUCGAAAUUGUCAAAAACGUUGUCCGAGAUGCAGUUUCGAUGUUUCCAGAGAAAUUAUACCACGGUGGGGCUGAUGAAGUAAAUCCAAAGUGCUGGGAAACUGAUCCUGCAAUUCAAGCUUUUCUCUCCAACAAUGGAACUCUCAGCCAGGUUCUUGAAAAGUUCAUCGGAUCGACAUUGCCAUACAUCUUGUCCCUGAAUCGAACCGUUGUGUAUUGGGAGGAUGUCCUGCUGGACGCCAAUGUUAACGUUACAGCAUCUGUGCUUCCACCUGAACAUGUCAUUCUGCAGACAUGGAACAAUGGUCCAAACAACACCAAGAAGAUAGUCGAAUCCGGCUACCGUGCGAUUGUCUCGUCAUCUGAUUUCUAUUACCUGGAUUGUGGGCAUGGAGAUUUUACAGGGAACAACAGUUUGUACAUUCGUCCGCCGGGCACUGAUCAGGGCAACGGCGGUUCCUGGUGCGGGCCGUUCAAAUCAUGGCAGCUGAUAUACAAUUACGACAUAACGUACGGUCUGAACAAGACAGAAUCGAAGCUGGUGUUGGGAGGGGAGGUAGCCUUGUGGUCGGAGCAAGCUGAUCCAGCAGUCAUGGACUUGAGAAUCUGGCCAAGAACAUCGGCCAUGGCUGAAACAUUAUGGUCAGGGAACCUCGACGAAACCGGGAAGAACAGAGUCGCAGAGGCAACGGACAGACUGAACGAGUGGCGAUACAGAAUGGUGACCCGAGGAAUCGGAGCCGAGCCAAUUCAGCCUCUCUGGUGCAUCAAGAAUCCAGGCAUGUGUAAUAACCCCAUUUAG